UCUUUUUCCCUGGGAGCUCUGGAGCGGAAGUAGGCCGAGAGUGGGCGAGGAAAACGAAAACGAAGCCGCAGCCGGUAUCACGAUGGCAGGAGCCGACGGAGACGACUCUUUGUAUCCUAUCGCCGUUCUGAUUGACGAGCUGAGGAACGAGGACGUUCAGCUGCGUCUGAACAGCAUUAAGAAGUUGUCUACCAUAGCCCUAGCGCUGGGCGUGGAGCGGACCAGGACGGAGCUGCUCCCAUUUCUUACCGAUACCAUAUACGAUGAAGACGAGGUGCUUCUUGCACUGGCCGAGCAGCUGGGAAGCUUCACCACUCUGGUGGGAGGACCGGAGUUUGUGCAUUGCUUGCUACCUCCCUUGGAAAGCUUGGCAACCGUCGAAGAGACCGUAGUUCGUGACAAAGCCGUGGAGUCCUUGAGGAAGAUCUCCCAUGAACAUUCUCCUGUCGACCUUGAAGCUCACUUCGUGCCGCUGGUGAAACGCCUGGCCAGUGGAGACUGGUUUACGUCACGCACAUCUGCAUGUGGCCUUUUCAGCGUGUGCUACCCUAGAGUGUCUAGUACUGUCAAAGCAGAGAUCAGGCAGCAUUUCCGCAACUUGUGCUCUGAUGACACUCCCAUGGUACGCCGUGCUGCUGCUUCCAAGCUCGGGGAAUUUGCUAAAGUACUUGAACUGGAGUAUGUGAAAAAUGACAUUAUUCCUCUGUUUACAAACCUGGCUUCAGAUGAGCAGGACUCUGUACGCCUGUUGGCUGUAGAAGCCUGUGUUAGCAUUGCCCAGCUGCUCCCCGAAGAAGAUCUUGAAGCGCUGGUGAUGCCUACACUCCGUCAAGCUACUGAGGACAAAUCCUGGCGUGUCCGCUAUAUGGUAGCAGACAAGUUUUCUGAGCUCCAGAAAGCUGUCGGCCCAGAGAUCACAAAGAACGACCUUGUGCCUGCUUUUCAGAACCUGCUGAAAGAUUGUGAAGCGGAGGUUCGGGCUGCUGGGGCGCACAAAGUAAAAGAGUUUUGUGAGAAUCUGCCUGCUGAUGGGAGAGAGGCCAUCAUCAUGAACCACAUUCUGCCCUAUGUAAAGGAACUGGUAACAGACUCCAAUCAACACGUGAAAUCCGCUCUGGCCUCUGUAAUCAUGGGAUUAUCCACUAUUUUAGGCAAGGAAAAUACUAUUGAGCACCUUCUACCUCUCUUCCUUGCGCAGCUGAAGGAUGAGUGCCCUGAAGUGCGUCUGAAUAUUAUCUCUAAUCUGGACUGUGUGAAUGAGGUGAUUGGCAUUCGCCAGCUUUCUCAGUCCCUGCUACCAGCCAUUGUGGAGCUGGCUGAAGAUACCAAGUGGAGAGUGAGGCUGGCCAUCAUUGAAUAUAUGCCCCUGCUCGCUGGUCAGCUUGGUGUAGAGUUUUUUGAUGAAAAGCUGAAUUCACUGUGCAUGGCUUGGCUGGUUGACCAUGUUUAUGCAAUCCGAGAAGCAGCCACCAACAAUUUAAUGAAGCUUGUGGAAAAGUUUGGUGCAGAAUGGGCUCAGAACACCAUUGUCCCGAAGGUCCUGGCCAUGGCAAAUGAUCCCAACUACCUGCAUCGAAUGACGACUCUGUUCUGUGUUAAUGCUCUGUCUGAAGCAUGUGGAAAGGAAAUCACCACUAAACUGAUGCUUCCUAUUGUAUUAAAGAUGGCCGCCGACCAAGUGGCUAACGUUCGUUUCAACGUAGCCAAAUCAUUACAAAGGAUAGGACCAGUCCUGGAUAGCAACACAGUACAAUCUGAUGUCAAGCCUGUACUCCAGAAGCUGGGCCAGGAUGAAGAUAUGGAUGUGAAAUAUUUUGCCCAGGAAGCCAUGACUGUCCUUUCCUUGGCAUAAGAAGUUGCAGACGACACGACCCCCUAUUGUAUGUUCAGUAUGUAGUAGAAUGAUGUUUUGAACCUCUGCGGAACAACCUUUCAAGACCUCACAGGAACAAAUGGCAACUACUGUUGGAAGACCACAUUCCCUGCAUAUGUGCCUCUUCUAAAAGACUUUUCCUUUCCUUUUUUUUUUUUUUUUUUACUAUGUUAUUUAUGAAUUUCUGGUCAUUAUUUUUAUUUGCAGUACAAUGGAGUCUUACUUGUUACUGGUGGUCAGUGUAUUAUUCGGUAUCGGUGUUUUUGGUUAUGUCUGAAGUUGGGGAGCUGAUGAAAUUGUCGUCAGACUAGUUCUCUGCCCUAGAUGUGGAAAGAACACCUGCCAUUGAUGGACAUUAAAAUUCAUGUGAACCUGACCAGUCUGGCAUCUUCCCUCAGUGCCAGAGGAAGUAGAAAAUGGCCAUUGGCAAAGUAACCAUGGUCAAAAGGUCUCUGAAAAUCAGGUGCCAACAAAAAAUCCUUUUGCUGGCCCCUUGUGUCAUAGGCUUGAACCAUUCUGUACCAUUUUUAUGCAUUGUGGGUAGGUCUGUUUGCUCUAUGCCUAGGGAAGACAGAUUUCUGGUCUAAAGCCCUUGCAGAUUCACUGGUGAGGAAUUUUCUAGAAGGGGUGAAGGAGAUCCUGAAACUUAAAGGGGGUUGGCCCAUCCCAGACUCCUGUCUUCACAAUGCAUGUGCAGCCUGCUCUCCAUUCACUGGUAUGGGAGUUCCAAAUAUGGCCAAGCAAGCACACUUGGCUAAUUUUGGAAGUCCAUAAGAUAAAUGGAGAGCGCAGCCAACUUUGUUCUCAGCUAUGGGACUGCCAGAAAUAGCUAAGCCACCACUUGGCUAUUUUCGGAACUUCGAUAGAGGUAAAUAGAGGGUGGCCGAGCUUGCGUGGUGUGCUCUCCUUAACUUAGGGGGGGCCGUUCUAAAUAGAGGUGCAGGUCCCACCCCUGGCACCUUCUCCUUUCUGACAUCGCUAGGAUAUGCCAUCAAUGUCUGAGAUGGAACAACCCCUUUAGCUGUUACAGAUGUGAUCCCUGAUUUUGCAUUGUAUUCUUACUGUACUUAUCUUGUAUUGCAUGCUUCCUCCUCUGAAGUUUGAGCUUGACGUCUGAAUGAAGACCAUAAGAAGUCUCGCUCUUUCACUUUAUUUUGCUUUAACAUUUUAUCCAUUGCUUCUGGCACUGGAAUGAAAUGGCAACUAUGUGGUGGUGAAUUUUUUUGCAUGUCGGGCAUUAUUAGGGGCAGUGCUUAUCUACUGACAUUUUUCUGGACUGUUUUUGGCAGUGUUCUUGGUGGGAGACAUAGCUUUCCAUCUGUGUGUUGAAUUUUAAUGUAAUUUUUUUUUUAAAGUAACUAGCUGGCUUUGCAGCCUAAUGCCUGGAGAAAAGGUGCUCUAAAUUUUAAAAUAACCACCUCCAUUUGUGCAGGCAGUCCAUCCGAUUCAGCCACAGCCUUUUAAUUAAAUGCAAAAAUUAACUGAAGUCCCCUGUCGCUUCGGGACAUUCCUUGAAGGUUAACUCAAUAUUGACUGUAGAAAUUGUCAUGUGCUUGAUAAAGGAAAUAAACUUAACUCACAUAAUGUUUCCUA